AUGGAUCUUGCUAUUGCCAAUUAUGGCACAAACAAUGUUGGUAUACUCCUUGGAACUAGUAACAGUAGUUUUGCGAAUCAAAUCAUGUUUUCAACUGGUCCGAAUUCCCAUCCAUGCUCGCUUGCUGUUGGUUAUUUAAAUGAUGACACCAUGUUAGAUAUUGCCAUCACCAACUAUGGAAAUAAUAGUGUAGGUAUACUUCUGGGUCACGGUAAUGGGACUUUUAUGACUCAAACGACAUAUUCUCUCGGUGGUGCUUCUCCAUAUUCUAUUGGGAUUGAUGACUUCAACAAUGACAAUCGAAUGGAUUUAGUCAUCACCAAUAUUGGUACUAACAAUACAGCUCUACUUGUCGGAUAUGGCAACGGUACCUUUGCAAGCCCAACAAUGUAUUCAACUGGAUCUUCUUCAUCAAUUUCUAUUGCUAUAGGAGAUUUAAACAAAGAUAAUCGCUUAGACAUUGUCAUUAUCAGCAACGAUACGCGUACAAUAGAAAUCAUGCUUGGUUAUGACGAGUUCUUUCCCAUUCAAAAGAUGUAUCCAGCUGGCUAUAACCCGUGGUCUGUAGCUGUUGGAGAUUUAAACAACGACAAUUAUCUCGAUAUCGUCACUGCUGAUUACACCGGAAACACAGUAAGUGUACUUUUUGGAUAUGGUGAUGGCACUUUUCAAACCCGAGAGACAUAUCCAACUGGUUCUUCUCCAACUUAUGUAGCUGUUGCUGAUUUAAAUAACGACACCCGAUUGGAUAUCGUAGUCACCAAUUCGGCUGACAACACUGUAAAUAUCUUUCUCGGAUAUGGUGAUGGCUCUUUUACAAAUCCAGCCAUAUAUUUAGUUGGACGUUAUCCAGAAUCUGUAGUUGUUGCUGACUUUAACAACGACUUCAUACAGGAUAUCGCCGUUGCUAAUGCAGAAGAAAAUACUGUAAGUAUACUUCUCGGAUAUGGCAAUGGUUCUUUUAUGACUCACGUGCAAUUUUCAGCUGGUUCAUGUCCAUACAGUAUAGCUACUGAUGAUUUCAAUAACGACACUCGAUUAGAUAUCGUCGUUACUAAUUUGUACGGAAAUAGUGUAAGUGUGCUUCUCGGCCACGGUGAUGGCUCUUUUGCAAGUGAAAUGCAAUAUUCUGUGGGUAUCCAUCCAGAUUCGGUGGCUGUUGGUGAUUUAAAUAACGAUGCCCGAUUAGAUAUAGUGGUCAGCAAUAGGGACAGCGGUCUAAGUAUCCUUCUCGGAUAUGGCAACGGCUCUUUUACCAAUCAAACGAUGUAUUCAACUGACCUUAAGACAGCUUCUGUAGGUGUUGGAGAUUUUAAUAAAGACACUCAACUAGAUAUUGUGUUCGUUAAUCAGGAAAGUAACAAUGUAAAAAUUUUUCUUGGAUUUGGAAAUGGCUCGUUCUUUAAACAAUCGACAUUUUCAACUGGCUCUCUUCCAGUCGCCUUAGCUGUUGGUGACUUUAACAGCGACGAUCGAUUGGAUAUUGCCGUCGCUAAUUGGAAUGACAACCAAGUAAGUGUACUACUUCGGUAUGAUAGAGGAGCGCUGAAACACGAAAUAAAAUUUCCAUCUGGUAAAGGUUCUCGUUUGCGUAGCUUUGUCAUUUUUGAUUUCAAUAAUGAUAGUCAAUUGGAUAUUGCUGUUGCCAAUUCUGGUAGUGACAGCAUAGGUAUCCUUCUUGGAUAUGAUAAUGGCAAUUUUGACAGUCAAAUGAUCUUCUCAACAGGGUUCAAGUCUCAUCCUCACUCAAUCAUUGUCAAUGAUUUCAAUAAAGACGGUCGAGUCGAUAUAGCAGCAGCCAAUUAUGGUACUAAAAAUCUAAUUACAUUUCUGGGAAAUGAAAAUGGAACAUUUGAAAAUCAAGCAAGUUACGAUGCAGAUUUCGAUUUUCCUCCCUUGUUGCUGGGUGCUAAUGAUUUCAAUCAAGAAGGGCGUUCAGAAAUU